GUCUCUGCUUUGGUCUUAUUACUCAAAACGCUUUCUCUCUCCUCUAUCUACAUGUAUAGAUAUAAACCGACUUCUCUCUCUCUCUCUCUCUCUCCUAGAUAGCUUUAUUUAUUCCACCAGAUCCAACCACUAAAUCCACCUUAUAUAUAUAUAGACCAUCUCUAAACCAAAUCCCCUCUUUGAUGAAAAUCACAGGUACCCUUUACCAAUAUAUUUCCUCUCUCUACAUCCCAUGCAUGAAACUAUUCAAUUAAAUCAUCAAAAUCUUUGCCUCUAUCAAAGGAAACUAAACCACCUUCCAAUCCCAACACCAUAACCAAAAUAAUUUUCCACUACACUACUACUGAUUUCCAACCGAACCAAUGAUGUCCGCCGAUCCCACUCCGGCGGCAGCCUCCUCUAAGUCCACCCCCUCGAAAGAUGAGAUCCAUGGAGGCAGCGCUGGCUCGGGCAACCGGAAAAACUCUAACGCAGCAAGACCGGCACCGGAGCACUCUCUCAAGUGCCCUCGAUGCGACUCUCCCAACACCAAAUUCUGCUACUACAACAACUACAGCCUCACUCAACCGAGACACUUCUGCAAGACUUGUCGGAGGUACUGGACUAAAGGUGGAGCCCUACGAAACGUCCCCGUCGGCGGAGGCUGUCGAAAAAACAAGAAGGUUAAGUCCUCCUCCCGUCUCUCCGGUUCUGGUGCCGACUCCAAAGACUACUCCAGCUCCUCGUCCACAUCGGAUUUCGGGUUGAAGUUCUUUCACGGAAUUUCUCCGGCAAUGGAUUUUCAGCUCGGUGGGCUCUCCUUCCCUAGACUACAUCAUAACCCUUCAGCUGGAAUCUAUAACAGUAAUAGUAAUACUAAUAAUAGUAUUAACAACCAGCUUUCUUCUUUCGGAGAAGUCGUUGUUUCACCAAGUAGUACUAGUUUCGACAAUAACAAUCUAUCUGGGGCCUCAAAUCCUUUGGCGGGUACUUUUAGUUAUCCCCUAUCGUUGGCUCCGGGAGGGUUUAGUGCUCCCGCAGUUCAUAGCAGCCUAGCUUCUUCGAUCGAGUCGUUGAGUUCCAUAAACCAAGACCUUCACUGGAAACUACAGCAGCAGAGGCUGGCGGCGAUGUUGUUCGGCGGAGAUCAGCCUCAGAAAGAGGGCCUCGUUUCUCCAAGUACUGCUGUUAAUAAUAAUAACAAUAACAAUUCUCUAGGGAAUAGCCAGCACCUCCACCAGCAGCAACUGGAGAAGCCUCAAUCGUCGUCUGUGCCUCUUUUGUUUCAUAAUCUGGAGAUUUCAAGACAAGAUCAGCCGCCACAGAGAAAGGAUCAAUUAGUAAUUUCUAGCGGGGAUUCCACAACAGCCACCGGUAUGGAGUGGUUUUUUGGCAAUUCCAAUUACGCACAGCCGCCUCAGCCACCACUACCUCAGCCGUUUCAGGUAAGUGUGACGCCAAGUAACAGUGGUAGUACUAAUGGGCAUGAUCAGAAUGGGAGUACUUGGAUUAGUAGUAAUGGAAAUCAAGCAUGGAGUACUAGUGAUCACUUUACAGCUAUUUAGUUGGCUUUAAUUUGCCCUAGCUAGCAGGAAUGAUCAAGAGGUACUAGAGUCCUUACUAAAGGGACAAAGAAAAAAAGAACAAACAAAAUCAUAUUAUUGAAUUAUGCUAAAAUUAUGUAUAACACCCUCAUUUAGGCAGGCACAUGUUUAUUAAUUGUUAAUGUUUUUUUUUUCCUGGUUGCGUACUCAUAUCCAAAAUGUAUAAGUAAUUGGUAACAGCAAAGAAAACAGCGUUUUGCCCUAAAAUGAGCAGUACUA